AUGUCCAGCCAAGGAGCACCACUUCUUCGGGCAAUAUUCUCAAAUGCCAUAGGCCUUCCCUUCGGAAACAUUGAAAUAUUCCCCAGCUACAGUACCGAACCAAGCCUAGAACACAGAACCCUAAACAGACUAUGUGUCACAGCGAUAUGGUUCGUAAUCUGCGCCUGGAUAACGCAUAGAGUAGGCUGGUGGAAUCACAUGGCCGCACCAGCUACAGAAAAUGAAACGGUAGAGGCAGAGGAAAAUGAACAUGACGAACAUGAUGGAACCGAGAUGACGGAAGAGGAGAUUUUGUUCCAUCAAAGACGAAGACAAUAUUACGAACAACAAAGACAGCAAGAGGAACACGACCGACUCGAAGACGAAGCCCACCUCGCCCGCGCGACGACCUGGUUCAUCUACUGGAACGACAUUAUAGUUCCUCUCUUCGUCGUAGUGAUAUUUUUCUCGCGCUUGAGUUACGCUUUCCACAGCUUCGCGUCUGCGUACUCAAUUGCGCCGACAUGGAAGAAUCAUUUCGUGUUUGUAUUUGGAGAGUGGAGUUGGUGGGAUAUUGGGCCGGUGGUGUGUGUACUUGUGGCCUGGGUGUUUUUGCAUCUUGGGGCUAUCUUGAACGUUGAUGGGGAGAGGUAUUUUCAUCUUUGGCUUGAUGAGUUGGUACAAGAACUGCUGGAUUGA